GUUUGUGUGUUUGUCGAUUGAUGUUCGUACUUUAUUUGUAGUUUUUCAGCAAAAAGCCUCAAUGAACGCGACUAUUCUCUACGUCGAAGCAUGCAAGUGCAUGUUGUCAAUAAGCGACGACAGUCCUAACUCAUGGAUGGAAUUAUUUCAGCUUUUACCCAAGCUACGCCAAGCGCUUUCUUGUCGUGUUUGCCGUGGGCUCCUCGUAGACCCUUUCGGCUCUCAGAGCUGUGAACAUUACGUUUGCCGAGGUUGUCUAAGGAARAAGCGAUCUCUUAACCCCGGAUGUCGUUGGUGCCUUAACAUGGACAACUURGUUCCUGAUCAGCAAACAAAGAUUUURCUCGCYUGUUACCAGAAACUGUGUGAAUUUGUCACAGAGUCGAGAGCCGUUGGCCACCUCCGCAGUCAAAAUGGAGAGUACAGUGCGAUCGUUGCAGUCAUACACGAGGCAAUGGCGAGUCCGAUUUCAAUGGACAACGGCUCACAAGAUCAAAAAUCCGAUCAACAAGAGGCACAGGCGAACAAUAACAAUAAUAUAUCCAGCGCGAAAUCGAACAAGAUGGCGGAACAGUCACGUGGUAUUGCCAGCAAACUUCCGGCGGAAGUGAUCGUACCUCUACCCAAAAGGAAAAUCAUCCAACUUUURAACGAAAUGGAUGGAUCUGAAGAACAAAAGCCACAGAGAAAGAAAAGAAAACAUUUUAAGGGAACAAUCUACAACUAUAACAAGAAAAAGAAAUUCAAGAAAAUUGCAGAUGGUGAGAAGGACUCRGAGAAUGUUGUGUGYCAACAGUUUUUGGGAACAGUUCAGACAAUAGAAAAUGUGCAAGAUUCUAACGAAGAGGUUCAGGUAGUUGAYGAAAUWGCAGAAAAACCAUUAUUUACAGCAACAGACUUAUCUACUCAAAUAGUUGACAAUCAGAUACGAGGAAGGUUGUGUCGUUGUGGAGUUUCAUCAAUUGGGAAUUCCAAACGUUGUGUUGGGAAACGCUGCCCAUGUUUUAGUAAGGAAAAGUCRUGUGAACACUGUGCAUGUUGUAAUUGUGCAAAUCCAUUCAACAAUAACAAUGUGAGGCUGAGUAAUGAACUCAAACCUAUAUUAGAAGAUGAAGUUUGUGUGACUGAAAGUUAAAGCAUUUUUGCCUUCUCAACUUUUUAUAUUAUUAAUGRCAUACAAAGUUGGGUACAAAAUGAAUUGUAUUUCUUUUCAGUUUUGUUCUUUAUGGCUUACAUACAUUCAGUAACAUUUUGAAGGAACUUCUUUUUACACAGCACCAARAUUCAAUGAAUGCAUUCUCAUACUUGCAUAGGAGUCCUAUUUUAUGCCUUAUCAUUCGCAAUAGUUCUCAUUUAAUGCCUCAAGAGUUAAAAAACGUCUAGUCAAUUUUGAGUGAGUUUUCUUUUAAACAUACAAAAUUGUUAAUWUUGACUAUUGUAUAUUUGGCAAAGAUGAAAAAAGGCUUGAAACCAAAGUUUAUGUAUAUUAUAAGAGAUUGCUGUAAAUAGCUUAUUGCCAACUGCAGUCAAUUUACCCCUGACAGGAUAUAUAUUAUAUAUUGUUUUUUAUGAUAAGCAAUAUUGUUUGAUUUAUGUAAAACCUUUCUAUAGAGAAUUGUAAUGGAAGGUUGGACUUUUUCAAAUMAUUUUUUGUGAUUGUAUCAAACUAUGACCUACAUCACUAUAUUUAACACCGAUUUAUAUUUAUUGGAAUAAACAGGAUUGGAAGUUCUUGUUUCAA